AUGGUCGCAACAUCUACACGCAGUCGCCACAAAUGCCGCCUCAGAUCCACACGUAAUGACAUCGCAGUCUAUGAUGAUGCCUCCCCAGACGAGUACUGCACAGAUGUCGCCUCAUCAACCAUCACAUACUCCAAAUACAGCUUUAUCCAGCAGCCCGGUUAUGAAGAUGGAUUCGGCUCCACAGCCAGCAACUACGCAACGAUCGAUGCUCAACCCUUCACCAGCCAGCGCAGGUAUGCCAGCAGGAACCCAUCAGACACCCCCCUCGGGACAAGCUCGAGCGCAGCACCAGGUCCCAUUCCCGCCACCACCCCACUUGUUGUACGACAGGACAGCAAUGGAGUCCAGUGGAUAGCCUUCGAGUAUAGUCGAGACCGAGUCAAGAUGGAAUACACGAUCCGCUGUGACGUGGAAUCCGUGAUCGUGGACGACCUCAGCCAAGACUUCAAGACGGAGAACUGCGUAUACCCCCGCGCAUGCUGCAGCAAAGACCAAUACCGUGGAAACCGACUGGUUUAUGAGACUGAAUGCAAUGCCGUUGGAUGGGCAUUGGCCGAGCUAAAUCCCGCAUUGAGAGGAAAGCGAGGCCUUAUCCAGCGGGCCGUGGAUAGUUGGCGGAAUAGCAACCAGGAUCCUCGGUUGCGCAGCAGACGAGUGCGUCGGCAACAUAAGAUGAAUCGUCGGCAGUCAGUGCAGCCUGCUACUCCCCAUAUGACUCCUGCUGCGCCAGUUGGCCAUGGAAUGUCGGGUGCCACCCCCGGCCAGCGCGCUAGUAUUGCACCUUUGAUGGGCCCUCCCAUGACACAUCAUCAUGCUCAACCAGAUGGCAGCCCUAAGAUGGAGGAAGUCAGCGGCACCACAGAGUACAUCGGAUCCCAGCGUUCUAUUGAUACAGGUCGUCUGCCCGCACCACUGGGUGCUACCGAUAUUCGACCCGCUCAGGUCUUUCAUGAUGCUCACACCAUCCCAUCAACCAACAACGCCAGCCCCUCCAUGGCACCCCUCCUCCGCGACAGUGGUCUUGGCUCUCUAGGCCGUCACUCAGCCAUAGCGACCUCCAGCCGCAUGGCUGCAGCUCCGGACCUCGAAGAACAAAGUCCCACCAAUGAGGAACUCUUCGGUCAACUACCAGACGGCAAGCGCCGCACCUUCAUCCUAGUCGAAGACCCGCAGCGCGGUUCACGCGUGCGCGUCAAAGUCGGCCUAGAUAAAGUCAAGAUGGAUGAAAUUCCAGAUUCGUACCGCAAGAAUAACGCCGUUUACCCGCGCACCUACUUCCCAACUCAAAUGAAAGACGCGCCUCUACUCGUCGAUCCAAGCAAACGUUUCUUCGCUGAAGACAUCGAGCACACGGGUGACCCCGAAGACUCGACUGUCGGCCGCACGACCGUUCCCGCACCCUCCCUGGAUGGUGAGCGAGGCAUUGACGUACCCAAAUUGUCUCGCCGGCGUCACCGGAAAGAGGUCAUGCUGAAUGACCUAGCCUACCGGUUGAGUUGGAGCCAGAGCCGCGUUUUUGCGGGGCGAAUGCUAUUUUUGCAGCGAUCGCUGGAUGCCUACCGUAAUAAAAUGCGCACUAGUAUGCUUGCUGCUGGCCAAGAAGCUUCGGAGAUUCCUAAGCAUUUCGAUACUCGACGCGGAAAACGUCGAUUUUUGGAACGCGCUCGUCAGACAGAAAGUGACGCACCGUCCGCUGCACAGCGAAGCGCAGAGGAAGUGGAGGGUUAG